AUGAUCAUUGCUCUGAGGGGCGUGGUUGAGCUAUUCCGAAAGGCCAGGCGUCUGACAGAUGUUCAUCGCAAACUCCUCGCAUUUUCCAUUUCUCACGACCAUAGUAUUGUGCGCUUAUAUGCCCACUACCCUGAGAUUGAUGGGGACAAAACAUCUAUUUUCCGCUAUAAGAUCAAGCAAUUUGACUACAGCGACGAGAGAUGGACAUGUUACACAUUCACACGCAACAUUUACGAUAAAUUUGUUCCGGUUUACCUUGAACUAAUCACAAAUGCGAUAGAUCUGCUCCCGGAUCCUAUUGCAGAGUCAUUCAACUCAGCUAUCGCCCCGGACGAUGAAACAGCUCCGAGUCCACAAGAGCCAGGGGCCUUAAAGCAGAGCUUACAGCAGGAGUUGAAACAACAGCGGAAAGAGGCAGAACUACAGCGCAAAGAGGUCAAACAACGCGAGACAGCCCUUAUGACGCAGCUAGAACAACAGCGGAAGGAGUUUGAGCAACAGCGGAAUGAGCUCAUGCAGUUGAUCCAGCAGCAGGGCGAACAUCUGAAUCAGCUCUUGAGCAAGCACUAA